UAGCUACCUGGGGGCCUUAUUUCAAACUAGAUAUUCGUAAUGGUGGCAGUGAUGUCCCCUGUGACUGCCUCUCGACUCUCACUCCGUCAUGCCUAGGCAUGUCCAACUGCCUAGCCCGACCGACACUACUAACCUGUGGGGACAUUGUACGUACAACAUGAGCCUCACGACGGAACGAGUGUCUUUGGCGUGCUAAGCGCAAUCCUAUGGACGUCGUGGAAGUAGUAGUGGUGGUAGGAGUAGCAUAGUCGAUGUUGGAUACCUCAUGGAGAAUUUGGCGUGCGUAUAUCUACCUUCCACUCGUUCGUCGCCUUCCCCCACUUCUCAAGUGGGGGGGGGGUUCAUGUACAAUCUACUGAGCCCAUCUCAUCUGGGUUCCCGCAAUCUUUCUUCAUGUGGCUAGCAGGUACCACUAUUGCUUAAGAGACUACUGCUACUAUUCCCAGGUCCAUCCACGGCAAUCCCUACCACCACCACUACCGUCGUCAUCAUCAUCAUCACCUUUCAAGCAAGAAUUCUCCUCCUCCUCCUCUUCGUCGUGGUCGUGGUCAUCUUCUGCUUGUGCUUCUGCUUGUGCUUCUGCAUCUGCUUCUACCUCACCACCUCGACUCGGAUGGGACCCACCUGUUGACACGACGGACGGAUGCUCUAGCAAAUUGCCCAUCACGGAACUUGGAAGGUGGAGCAAGACAGAUCCAUCCAUCGAUCUUAGAGGCCCCUAGCCAAGGACGGGCACCCAAGAUCAAGGAAAAUGGGCCUAGGCGAGUGUCGCAAGUUUGUUCCCAACAUAUUCAACAAGCAAAAGUGUUCCAAUUGCUACAAGCUCAAACUUCAGCACUCCGAGGAGGCCUUGGAAGUGGCCAAGACAGCUCGCAAUGUGGCUCGAUGUGGCUACUUGUUCGUGGCUCCGGAUUGGGAUUUUACCAAUCCGGUGUACAGGACCAAACGGUGGCAAAGGAGGUGGUUCGUUCUCUUUGAUGAUGGCGAGCUCACCUACUCCAUCGAUGAUCAUCCGGAAACUGUCCCCUUUUGCGUGAUCGACAUGAACAAUGUGUUUGAAAUCACUUCAGCCGACGGAAUCACAGGUAAUUAAUGACUUUU